AACUGUUUGGUUACCCACAAAAUAUCUUCUUUUAUGUUCAACAGAAGAAAGAAAGUCAAAGUUUUGUAACAACAUUGACUUGAGGGUGAGUAAAUUGUGACAGAACUACCCCUUAAAUAUGCACAGAACUGUUUUACUGCCCAAAAGGUUAUUUAUAAGUGAAAAGUUUGUUCAGAUUAUUAAAAUGUUCUUCACACUUAGAAAAAAAAUCAUUUCUGUUCAUUGAAAAGGUUUGGCGAGUCCAAGAUGGUUACCUUGAGGUUAAUUAGGAUUUGGUAAUGUUAUUGUAUAAAAUAAAAUCCCUUUUCUACUUAACUUUGAAUUAUCAUAGUCCAUAGUUCACAUAUUUUAAUCCUCUCCAAUGUGACUAUCACAGACAGAUUAACAACAUAUUUUAAGGACAAUGUGACCUGCAUGUAUAAAACACACAAAUAUUACUGUUCUUUGUUUGAUCAUAAAAAAAAAUAAAAAUUUCAUCAAUGCAUUACUUUCUGUUAUAAAUUAUGAAAACAUGUUAUCGUGUCUCAUCAAUUAUUUAUAUAAUUUCUGUAAUUGAGUGUUCAUGUCCUUCCUCUGCUGGCACUAUUUUAGAAGUGUAUUGACUUUGAGAAUUUCUCCUGACCCUGGUAGGCAGCGCGUGCGUCCACAGAGAAACGCUGACGCAGAUCAGGACUCGGGCAUUCAAUUGAUGGAGUGUGAUAAGGCCUUUUGGGGCAUACUAAUAAGUCAUCUUGAGGUGGAAAUUCAAAACAUGAGCUGCAACCUCUCAAAUGCAACCAAAGAUGAACACGAUUCAGCGAUAACGGUGUUGGCUGAUAUUUUGUAUCAAUUAGUCAAAUAUUUCUGUGCUAAUGUACUUGAGAAAGAUAUCUGCUGAGUAAUAUUAGUAUCUACAUGCAGAAUUGCAUUUAUGAUAUUGUGUAUUUUUCUCUCUUUAACAAAAAAAAGAUUUUGCUCUAUAUUAUUCCCAUUAUAAAUUGUUUUAUUUUAUUACACUAAAAUUAGCUUUGUUUAUCAUAAAUGGUCCUUUAACAAAAAUAAAAGAUUACAAGGCAGUCAACAUGCAAGAAAGCACACUGAAAAGGAACUUACUGUUUUGCAAUAAAGCACAAGGACCCCUAGUGGAAGUCAUGGGUAAGUCAGUGUAGGAAGAACCAUUGAGAAGAUGUAUAAGUGCUUGAUAUCGUGACGCGCUCCAUUCGGUGUGAGCUGAGUGAGAGCACAGGAGCUUCUCCACCUCUAGGACUCUCCUUUACACCUACUCUGCCAGCAGCUUGACAACCUCGUGAAAUGGAUAAUAAUUUUCACAGUAGAGGUUAAAAACAGCUGAGGUAUCACCACCAAGCAGCAAAGGACUUUCCUUGUUCCUGGAGAUCCUUGUCUUUCCACCUGUUAAGUUAAAGGGUAGCCUAUGUACAGGCUGAUUAUGCCCGAGGAAAUCUAAUCAGUUCUCUGACAUUUGUGGAGAAGAAGGCCUGCGCUUUUUGGCACCAUGGAGGACAUCUUAAAGGAUCAAGACUUCUGGUCCUUCAAUGAGUCAUCUAGAAACUCCAGCGUCAACAAUGAAACUUACGGAGUGAACCAGACGGUGAACCCGCUGAAGCGGAAUGAAGAGGUGGCAAAAGUGGAAGUCACUGUAUUGGCCUUGGUGCUCUUCUUGGCACUCACUGGUAACCUUUGUGUCCUUGUUGCAAUCCACACGGCCAAGCACAGUCAAUCUCGCAUGUACUACUUCAUGAAGCACCUCAGCAUUGCAGAUCUGGUCGUGGCUGUCUUCCAGGUACUUCCUCAACUCAUCUGGGACAUAACAUUUCGCUUUUAUGGACCAGACAUCCUGUGCAGGUUGGUGAAAUAUCUUCAGAUUGUUGGGAUGUUCGCCUCCACGUACAUGCUGGUGCUGAUGUCCAUAGACAGAUGUAUGGCAAUCUGCCAGCCCCUUCGUUCUUUACACAAGCGAAAGGACCGCUGUUAUGUGAUUUGUUCUUGGGCACUAAGCUUACUUUUCAGCAUCCCACAGGUUUAUAUAUUUUCCUUACGGGAGGUGGGUUCAGGAGUAUAUGAUUGCUGGGGAGAUUUCGUGCAGCCGUGGGGAGCGAAGGCAUACAUUACAUGGAUUAGUCUGACAAUAUACAUCAUACCAGUGGCCAUUCUGAGCGUCUGCUACGGACUGAUAAGUUUUAAAAUAUGGCAAAACUUUAAAAGGAAGACGAAGAAGGACCAGUGUAUCACUCUCACACCCAAGGCAUCGAAAGGCAGCACACUCACGCGGGUCAGCAGUGUCAAACUCAUCUCCAAGGCCAAAAUCACCACUGUUAAAAUGACCUUUGUUAUCGUACUGGCUUAUAUAGUGUGCUGGACUCCGUUUUUCUCCGUACAGAUGUGGUCAGCAUGGGAUCCUGAAGCACCAAGGGAAGCAAUGCCCUUCAUCAUUUCCAUGUUGCUGGCCAGUCUGAACAGCUGCUGUAACCCCUGGAUCUACAUGUUUUUUGCUGGGCAUCUUUUCCAUGACCUGAAGCAGAACCUGCUGUGCUGUUCCACUCUCUAUCUGAAGUCCUCUCAGUGCCGGUGUGAUCCGGAGCAGGAUUCCCGUAAGAGCAACUCCUCCACCUACGUCAUCAAAAGUACCAGCAGCCAGCGAAGUAUCACCCAGACCUCUGUCACAUAAACCAGACAUACCUCAAAACCAGCUUUUCACAUUUUUGAAAGCCAGACAAAGGACAGGAAAUCUAAAAUAUAAACCCACACAAUACUGCAAAUGUCACAAUCAGUUUGCUUCAGCUGUGUUUUCGUUUGGGAAUUAUUUAGAAUGUAAUUUUAGUUACUCCACUUCGUUUUCUUAUCUCUGAGGACUUUGAGCAGCAGUAAUCUAUUCCUUACCUUUUUCUAGACAUUACAGAAGGAAUGUCAUUCAAUUCCAGACCAUGUUUAUGUUCUAUUUACAUUUAGUCACACGUCAUUUGAAUUGCUAUCUGAUUGUGCAUGCGCAUUCACUUUGGUGCACAUAAACGUGUCAUGGUGGGCACCAAAAUUGGCUGCACUUGAUGUGGCUCAUAAAAACAGGAUGUGGCUGAAUUAUCUUCGACAAUACAAAAGAUAACCGUAAUGUGCUGCAUUCUGUUUGGGGCUCACAAAACCGCCAUGACACAGAUAUGUUUAGGAGGAGCAAAGUUUGCAUUCAUGGCCUCAACAACCAGAUGGAUUUACUCUUGGCUGAGUCUCAAACCAACAGAUCGGAUUUCUGUCAUGCUUAAAUGUCUUAGAGUGUCCAAGUGUAAAUAUCCCCGAUAUGAUGUAAACAUGCAAAAACCACUAAACCGUAAAGGGAUAGUUCACUCAAAAAUUAAAACUCAUCAUUUACUGAUCCUCAUGUCUCCCCUUUAUGAAAAAAGCAGUGAAAAGUAAUAAAAUUUUCACUUAUUGUCAAAAAUCAAGUUUGACUUACUUUGCAUUGAAGACGUCAGCAGGGUUAUAUCAUUUUACGGGUUAAAAGGAAGCAACUGUCCCUCACUACACAAAACAGUUCACAUAUGGAGGUUAACAAAACACAGAUGGAAACAAGAUUGUUGAUGACAUAUAUGAAGUGUUUCUUCUGAAACCUAAUGAGAAACAUGGCCAGUUGCUCUUUUUAAUGAACUUUACUUUUCAAAAGAGAAUACUUUUGUUUGUUUUAAGAACACGAGCACUUUUCAUUUUUGGCACAUACAUGUUGUUGUUGUUAUCACUGUUCUUUAUCAUUUCACAUGUACAUUUUACUGUCAUGCCCAAAGGACCACAUCUCUUUGCAAAAUGUUUCUGCAAUGCAAUAUGGUAAUUAAAUAUGACAAACACCCAUUUGUUUUCAAAAAGUCAAGGAGUGAUUGUUUACUCCUUCACUUUUAUGGAUGCUUGUCUAGUAAGAGAGAGUGUUUGUAAUCAAUGAGAUUAAAAUGUUUAUUCCAGUUACAUAUUUUGCUUAAUAUCGCUCUAAAAACUUUGAUUUCUGCCUGUUUGUUGCUUCAUCUUUAUAAAAUAUUUGAAAAUAUCCUUGUUUACAAGAAAUUUCACAUAAUUGUUUAUGACUGCUGCAAGAUUAGAAGGAUAAAGAAAAUGAUAAAGGCAGUAUUAACAGCAGAAAAUAUUUAUUUUAAAAGGUUUAAAUACACUAUUCACUGAAACGCUUGUUACUUCCCAUUUAAAAAGCUACUGAUUUUUCCUCCUGGAAAAU